AUGGCCUCGAACCGAUUUCUUUGCCUGUUCUGGACCUUAGCAUUGGCUACUCUCACACAAUGUGUGGUGGCCGAGGACGGCGCGGAUGUUGAAGGCGACAUCAAGAUUCCUCCGAUCGUUCUCUUCAAUUACAAGUUCAAUCUGCUGAACGCCUCAAAGGCACAGCUGAAGACGGAUCCGUUGCACAAGCUUGUGCUGAAGAACGUCAAGCAUACGAUUGCACUCUUCGGAGGCGAUGUUGAACAGGUUCACUUCUACGAUGACGACCAGUGCGUCAAAGAGCUCAAAAAAUUACAUCAGUUUAAUGGUCACCAGCUCGCCGAAGGUUUCCUCAGCCUUCGCCAUGGCAAGUAUAAAUCAGAUCUUUGUCGCCUGGCCCAACUCUGGAGGUAUGGGGGGUAUUACUUUGACUACUUGGACCCUGACACGACCUUUGCCACUGUCCGCUCGAUGUGCCGAAAGGAGAUUUUCCAGGCCUUCUUGGCGGCAACACCGCACAACGAGCUGAUCGGUAAAAACUUGCGAAUCUUCGGGGAAUGGCUCCAGAAACGGCAGCACAACUCAGAGGGUAGCAACAUCGGACCACACCUCAUGUGGGGAAGCCUCCAGGAGAUGGGAAGCGAGUUCAAAAAGGCGAGCCACGUGGUCGCGGGCAAACAGAAGAUCCGGCUCUUCCAGGUCAUCUCGACCAUGAAUGAUCAGGCGUGCACCGAGGAGAAAAAGCUGAUCGACCCGGGAGACGCAGGAUCAAACGCCUCCGUAGCAGAAGCCUCGCAUCGGGCCGCCAAGCCACUGGGCAGCCGAGUGCGAUCCCCUUCAUGUGGCGUCACUUCCCUUGGGCCCUCGUUGCUGGACUGGCUUCCCAGUGUCCCGCUGCAUUUUCCCAGGAUCGAACCUAGGAUCAACUUGCAUAUUUACGACGACAGCUAUGACUUCGAAGAUGAGUCGGAAGACGACAAAGACUUGCUCCAGGUGUUGAAGAAGAAUUGCAGGCACACAGUGAACACCUUCGAUGGUGACGUAGACAAGCUGUACUUCUACGACGACAAAGACUGCACAGACGAGCUCCGGAAACUGGACGACUUCGAUGGCGAUAAGUUAGCGGACGGCUUCGAACGAUUCCAAAAUGGUCGUUUUAAGUCCGACUUGUGUCGUCUGGCGCAGCUGUACACGUACGGAGGCUAUUACUUCGACACCGACAUCCUUCCUGUAACCUCUGUGAGGAAGGUGUUGGAGCCGGAGACCACUUUCGCGACUGCAAGAUCGAUCUUCAAGGGAGACGUCUUCCAGUCCUUCCUGGCCGCGACACCGAAGCAUCCCUUCAUCGCCGAGCAGCUGAAAGAGUUUGGCAAGUGGAUUGCUGAGACGCACAGCGAAGACGAACACCAGAACCUGGGGUGUUGGCUUUUGGGCAGGAGCCUGGACAGCUGGAGUGAUCGCGUGCAGGAGGAUCCGAAGGUGGAGAAGGAUGACGAGGUGGUCCGAUUCUUCCACGAGCACGAGAUCGAACAGCUGAAGAAGGAUUAUUCAGGCCUGUCGGAAGGCGUCGCCAAGUGGAAAGAGUGCAGGGUGGCCGUCGUAGAUGAGGCGACGAAGCAGUUGGUCAUGUACUCCCGAGUCGUCACGACGAAUCACAAUGCUGUGUGCACGGAGGAGCUGGACAUCUUGAACCGGGGCCACCGGGGCCUCGUCGCCCGCUGCCUCUUGGACGCCUACCGCGCGGGCGCCUCGCCAGUUGCAGGGCCAGCAAAUCCUGACCUUCUUGGCCGAGCCAUGGCAGCGUCAGCUGCUGAGGCACAGGCUCAGCAGCUGGCUUCUCUCGAAACCGUGGCAGCAGGUGCCGAAGAAGCUCUCCGACGCCAUCAGUUGGUGUCCAUGCUGGAGGAGUCUCUCAGCCAGGCAUACGACAGCGCGUCGACGCUUGGGGUGCAGGCAGAUACCUGGCGAGGCUGCUUAAGUCAAGCAAAGGUGGCUGCAGAAGCAGCGGAGACUGGUCGCCAAAGUGCCGGCGAGGCACUGUCCACGUUCUCCUCUCAAUUAGAGGAUGCUUGUGCUCGGCUGUCUUCCGAGAUCGGAGGCGAUGGCGGUACUGGAGGACCCGAGGCUCUGCGAUGGGAGUUGCAGCACCGCGAGGCCGAACUCAUCGCAGAGCCGUUGCUCGGUGAAGGUCCCGGCGACGUCGCAAGGGCUCAAGCGGACCUGGAAGCACUCGGUGAGGAACGCAUGUCCCUCGCACGUCGACUUGCAGAGCAGAAUGAGGCUCUCCAACAUUGGACGUCCGAGUUGGAGGCUUCCAAAUCUGCUCUUGCUCGAGAUGCCUCUGCAGCAGUGCGCGCGGCAGAGAGCCAGCGCCAGCGCGAGGCACUGCAGGAGGAGAUCCGGAUGGGCCAAGACAAGGCGCAGAUCCUGGAUGAUCAGUUGAGAUACGCCACGGAGGCCCUGUCUGCUCGAGCAGCUGCGGCAGAAAGCGCUCAGAAGAGGCCCACGCAGCCUCUUCCGCAGCUGUGCGAAGGGCUUCAGGUCUGGCUGUCUGUGAACCAGGCGCAAAAGGAUUGCGAGGAGCAGCUGUUAAAGGCCUCUUGCGCCCUUCGGUCGGCGGCUUCCGAGCUGAAGCAGGAACGGCGCUGCCGACAGCAACUGCGCGGUGUCAUCCGCGACUUGGCCAUCCGAUUGCAGGACUUCGAUGCGCAGCUGGAGCAGCUUUCGCACCACGACGUCGGAAUGGAGGACGAAGAUGAGACUGCAGCGUGA